AUGGUUGAAGCUUAUAUUCACGACGGCAACGAUAGUGUAGAUUUGAGAGAACCUCAUAACAGUGGUACACCUGUAUCGUUAGAGGAAUUGAGCAAGUUGGGCGUCUUUUACAGAUAUCUGGACACCCAGGAAGACGUUGACAAUUUGGCAAAGGAAAGGAAUUACAAGAAUAGAGAUAUUGUCAACAUAAGUCCAGCCAGUUUCCCCGAUGAAGAGACUUUGAAGGCCAAAUUGGACAUUUUUUACAAGGAACACUUGCACGAGGAUGAAGAGAUAAGAUAUUGUCUCGAUGGAGAAGGAUAUUUCGAUGUAAGAAAUAUUCUUUCCAGCGAUUGGAUCCGAAUCAGAUUUGAACGCAAUGAUUUGCUCAUUGUACCAGCUGGGAUCUUCCACAGAUUCACAUUGACCUCGAGCAACUAUGUCAAGGCGCUCAGAUUGUUUCAGGAUGAGCCUAAAUGGCUAGCAAUCAACAAACCAGAGGCAGAUUUGAACCCAACUCACCUGAAGUACGUCGAAUCAGUCAACAGUGACUAG